AUGGCGGCGGUAACGGCACCCAUGGCAUCGAGACCCCGCGCAUCGAAGGCGGAAUCGUUCGUAGACAACAAACGGAAAGAAGAUGUCCGUCUCUCCAACAUCAACUCUGGUCGCGCCGUCGCGGACGCCGUUCGUACGAGUCUGGGUCCGAAAGGUAUGGACAAGAUGAUUUCGACGGCGAGCGGUGAGGUUAUCAUCACUAACGAUGGAGCUACGAUCUUAAACAAGAUGGAGGUUUUGCAGCCAGCGGCGAAGAUGUUAGUCGAGCUUUCUAAAUCGCAGGAUUCAGCCGCCGGAGAUGGGACAACCACGGUGGUUGUAAUCGCCGGUGCGCUUCUUAAGCAGUGCCAAACGCUUCUUUUGGCCGGGAUCCACCCUACUGUGAUUUCAGAUGCGCUUCACAAAGCUGCUGGGAAGUCUGUUGAUAUCCUUACCGCCAUGGCUGUUCCGGUAGAGCUCACUGACCGUGAUUCGCUUGUCAAAUCGGCAAGCACUUCGCUUAACAGUAAGGUCGUUAGCCAGUACUCUACUUUACUUGCUCCUUUAGCUGUAGAUGCGGUUCUCUCUGUUAUAGAUCCGGAAAAGCCAGAGAUUGUUGAUUUGCGUGAUAUCAAGAUUGUUAAGAAGCUUGGUGGUACUGUGGAUGAUACACAUACUGUGAAAGGUUUGGUUUUUGACAAGAAGGUGAGCCAUGCCGCUGGUGGGCCAACUCGUAUGGAGAAUGCUAAGAUCGCUGUGAUUCAGUUCCAGAUCUCGCCUCCGAAAACUGACAUCGAGCAGAGUAUUGUUGUCUCUGAUUACACUCAGAUGGAUAGGAUCUUGAAAGAAGAGAGGAACUACAUCUUGGGGAUGAUUAAAAAGAUCAAAGCAAGUGGUUGCAAUGUUUUGCUGAUCCAGAAGAGUAUUUUGAGGGAUGCUGUGACUGAUCUCUCGCUUCACUACUUGGCCAAAGCUAAAAUCAUGGUCAUCAAGGAUGUUGAGAGAGAUGAGAUUGAAUUCAUCACUAAGACUUUGAACUGUCUGCCAAUUGCCAAUAUUGAGCAUUUCAGAGCUGAGAAGCUUGGUCAUGCUGAUCUUGUCGAGGAAGCCUCCCUUGGAGAUGGAAAGAUUUUGAAGAUCACUGGAAUCAAAGACAUGGGGAGAACUACCUCUGUUCUUGUUCGUGGAUCCAACCAGCUGGUUCUGGAUGAAGCUGAGAGGAGUCUACACGAUGCAUUAUGUGUCGUCAGGUGUUUGGUUAGCAAGAGGUUCUUGAUUGCAGGAGGUGGUGCACCGGAGAUUGAGCUCUCGAGGCAGCUUGGUGCUUGGGCUAAGGUGCUCCAUGGGAUGGAAGGUUACUGUGUGAAGUCUUUCGCUGAAGCUCUCGAGGUUAUUCCUUACACGUUGGCUGAGAAUGCAGGGUUGAACCCGAUUGCCAUCGUCACUGAACUCAGGAACAAGCAUGCUCAAGGGGAAAUCAACUCCGGAAUCAAUGUGCGAAAAGGUCAGAUCACUAAUAUCUUAGAGGAAAACGUGGUUCAGCCCCUACUUGUGAGCACCAGUGCGAUCACUCUUGCAACUGAAUGCGUAAGGAUGAUUUUGAAGAUCGAUGACAUCGUUACCGUGAGGUAG